GACAUUUUGGAAAUUGAAUGACGUUUUCGAUUCGUUUUCGUGUUGUUUUCCUCACUAAAUUCACGGAAAUUUUCACUUACAAAUUCGUCAUUUUCUAUUACAUUUUACACGUUGUAAAGUUACUGAGGCGUCCGCGUCCGCGCGAGCCUUUCUCGACACCCUUACGUGCGGUGAGUGAUGUGAAAACUGUCCAAAUGGAUUCGUGCGACCACAACAAAGGCGAGGAGAUGUCCGAGGCCCGUGGCAGGCCCUUCAUCUACCCUGACAGCAGCAGUGACACCGAAGAAUAUAGAAGAGACACAGAAGAGCGUCGCAAGCGACUCUCCAAAUGUAAAGCGCCCACGGGAAUCCGUGGGAGGCUCCCAUCUUCCACUAUGCCCCCAAAAAACCAAUCAAUUUCCACUCCAUCCACUUCUGGGCAGCAGGAUUCCGCCCGCAACGGCUUAAAAAUGCCUCUCGAUGACCGUAUGACCUUAGUGGUAGACAACACUCGCUUCGUGGUAGACCCAGCGCAUUUCACAGCACAUCCGAACACAAUGUUAGGUAGAAUGUUUAGUUCGGGGCUGGAAUUCACGCAUCCGAAUGAGAGGGGCGAGUACGAGGUGGCGGAGGGGAUCUCUGCGACGGUGUUCCGCGCGAUCCUGGAGUACUACCGCGGAGGCACCAUCCGGUGCCCGCCGACCGUCUCUGUGCAGGAGCUGAGGGAAGCGUGUGACUAUUUGCUAGUUCCGUUCGAUGCUAACACUGUUAGAUGUCAGAACCUCCGAGGUCUUCUCCACGAGCUGUCGAACGAGGGCGCGCGGCGGCAGUUCGAGUCCUUCCUGGAGCGACUCAUACUGCCUCUCAUGGUAGCGUCAGCCGAGCGUGGCGACCGCGAGUGCCACGUGGUCGUGCUCCUAGACGACGACUCCGUCGAGUGGGAUGAACAAUACCCGCCGCAGAUGGGCGACGAGUACAGCCAGACGAUGCUGUCCACGCCGCUGUAUCGCUUCUUCAAGUAUAUUGAAAACCGGGACGUAGCAAAACAAGUAAUGAAAGAGCGGGGUCUGAAAAAAAUCCGUCUUGGCGUGGAGGGGUACCCAACCUACAAGGAGAAAGUUCGAAAGCGUCCCGGCGGCCGCGCGGAGGUUAUAUACAACUAUGUACAACGCCCGUUUAUACAUAUGUCUUGGGAGAAGGAAGAAGCGAAGAGUAGACAUGUGGACUUUCAGUGCUUCAAGUCGAAAUCUGUGACCAAUUUGGCGGAGGCUACCGCUGAUCCGGUGAUCGAGCUAGAGCCGAGCCGCGCCCGCGACCCGGAACCGGAAGCGGAGCCAUUACCGGAGCCGGCGCCGGAAGCGGAAGAGCCGCAGCAGUGACCGUGCAGCUUCGUGCUCUGCGCGAUAGAUGGCGUUGUACUGCGAUUCCUGUGGGUCGGUUAGUUUACACAAUGUUUAAGGGAUAUGCGGUCAAAUCUGCAGUCGAGGUUUUAGAUAGUGUUGACAGGUUAUCAGCCUUCUGUAAUUACUACAAAAUUGCAAUUUAGCAUUGUAAAUUUAAAAACACCCAACAUGUAAAAUUUUAAAAAUCUUUUGUUUUAAUUAUUGUAUGCUCCAUUCUUGCAAUAGUUUUAAUUUAAAAAGUUAGUAAACUGGUAACACUAUCUGCAAGCGUGACAGCGGAUUUGAUGGAGGGUGUGAUUACUAAGAUAGUUGCGUCCUAUGUCUAAUAGAUGGCGUUGUUAAUGGUUUUCCAAGUUCGGUUUAGAAAACCUUUGGCAUUAUUUUGGUAUUGUAUGUGAAAUCGUAUUGUUCGAUUCGUGACUGAAUAAAGGACUUUAAUGGCACAAAUUUUCGAGUGUGCUCAGUGAAUUGGCUUAUUAUUUUGCUGUGGCAGCCAUGUUGGAAUAUAGUAAGCCUGGCACAUAAGUUUUUAUAUGUAUCACUAUCAAAGAAACUGCAAAGUUUUAUACCGAUUGAUAAUAAUCAUAAUUUGAUAGAUUUGUA